GUGGCAGUCUGUGGUUAAAAAUUUACGUUUUAAAGUUUUAUUUCUCAUAAAAUUUUGUUAGAAAGUGUUAAUUAUAUGAUUAUAAAAUAAGCUAUAAACAUUUCCACUUGAAAAUGGAUAAUUUUAAGUGGACUGGAGAAGAAGUCUAUUGUUAUAAUGAAAAUUUGAAGGAUCAGCAUUAUAAAUUCUACAGGUCUUUCCAAUAUGAAAAUUAUACUUUCAAAGUUAACGAUAUGGCCUUAGUGAAGAGUAGCAGUACCAAAUUGAAAGUUUGCCAAUUGCUGUGUCUAUAUGAGUCAUCUGCAAAAUGGCAUAAAACAGAACAGCUUCGGGCUGUAGUCAGAUGGUUCACAUUUACCAAGGACCUGCCCAGACUGUACUUGGAGGGCCAUACAUUUGAUGAAGAGAAUGAGGUAGUUGAGGAUCUGAGGAAGGCCAACGAUAUUUUGAAUUUGAGGAACAUCAUGUGGAAAGCCAGCUUGGUUUUUGCUAUAGAAACUGAUCCAGUCCAUUUGAUAUCCGAGAUGCAACUUGACAAAAGGGUUUAUUACUCUUGCAGGUACAAGAUCAAGAAGAAUAAGUUGAUUCCAAUCUUUGAUACUUCAUUGGAAAGUGAUUGCACACCUGAUAUCAAGAUAGAGGAGGAAAAAUUGCGCAACAGGAAUUUAGUGCUGUCUCCAAGCAAUAAAUUUAAUGCCGCCGCGAAUGUAACACCGAACAAAGCUAAACGAAAUUUGAAUGAUUCGUUUAACAACACUCCAACAAUGGAGAGUCCUGUUAUGAACUACUCGAUUGUUGAGGAGAGCGAAAUUGAACCUCUGAAGAUCAAAUUGAAGUUAUCAAAAUCCCAGUUGCAGCCCUCAGUUUGCCUAGAAAAGUUGCCUGAUAAUUUAGUAUACGAAAUGGUAAAUAAGGAAAACGCUGAAGCAACAACACCAAGUGUGAGGAAAUCGACGAGGGUUUCCAUCAGAAAGUCUUAUACGGAUUAUAUCUCGCCGCGGAAGACUCCAAGGAGGGAUCGUUUGAAAGGCGCCAACGAUAACUUGAGCAAACCAGCAACCAGAAGCAAUGAAGACAAUCAGACUUUGGAAUCGUUGAGUUACACACCGAAACGAAGGACGAGAAAUAAAAGCACCGAAGUAAUUGAACUACUGACACCCGAGAAGAAGCAGAAAUUAGAUGACUCAGGUUUAUCGAGGAGUAAAAGGAAAUCCAUGAAAACUGUGACUUACGCUGAAAUCGACGACGAAGUCGAGCUGUUAACAAUCUUAGAUUCGCCUCCUCCACCGAAAUUUGAAACGCCCGUGAAAAUAAAAACCAGACGCAAUUCGGUUGCUGAAAAGAAACUGUCUGUUGAGACUCUCUUGGAUUCACCUCCUCCACCGAAAAUUGAAACGCCUGUGAAAAUAAAAACCAGACGCAAUUCGGAGGCUGAAAAGAAAAUGUCUGUUGAGACUCUCUUGGAUUUGCCUCCUCUGAAAUUCGAAACGCCUGUGAAAAUAAAAACUAGACGCAAUUCAGAGUUGGAAAAGAAACUGUCUUUUGAAACACCCAUUAAGAAAGUGGUUUUAGAAGAGACGCCAAAGAAGAAAACUGAAAUUGAACUUAGAACGCCGACGAGACAGACGAAACGUGUUAAAGUGUUGGAUUCGAUCAUCGAAGAAAUGAAAAAAGCUAAGAUAACGCCAGCUCCCAAAACACCUAAAGCACCGAAAACACCAAAAGUAUCGAAAACCCCUAAAGUUCCGAAAACUCCAACAAAUUCGUCCGCUUCGUUCAGGAAAAAGUUGAUGGAAGGAACGAUAACACCGUCAAUGCAGAUCAGAAAUGUACCAGUCUUGAAUGCUGCUACCCCAUUAAACAUGGCCAGAACUAAACUGCACGUCUCGUACGUACCUAAAGCUUUGCCGUGCAGAGAAAAGGAAUUUGAUGAUAUCAUUAGUUUCGUCGAAGGAAAAUUGUUGGACGGUUGCGGAGGGUGCAUUUAUAUAUCAGGUGUACCAGGGACUGGAAAAACUGCCACUGUGACCGAAGUCAUUAAAAACUUACAAAGUAAAGCCGAUGAUUGCGAAAUUCCUGAAUUCGAUUAUGUUAGCAUCAACGGGAUGAGAUUAUCCGAACCUAGGCAAUCCUAUGUUGAGAUAUUGAAACAACUCGACGGACAAAUCGUUGUGUGGGAACAAGCGCAAAAAAUGUUGGAUAAUCGUUUCACAAAGAAACAAGGCAAAAAGAAACAAAAACCAGUAGUUUUGUUGGUGGAUGAAUUGGAUAUUUUGUGCACGAAAAGACAAGACGUUGUUUACAAUUUACUGGAUUGGCCUACAAAGGCUACAGCGCAAUUGAUAGUUCUUACGAUUGCCAAUACCAUGGAUUUGCCAGAGAGAUUAUUGAUGGGAAGAGUAACGAGUCGCUUGGGUUUAACGCGUUUAACGUUCCAAGCUUAUACACACAAGCAGCUGCAGGAAAUCGUGACGAAACGUUUGACCGGUACGAAUGCGUUCAAUCCAGACGCUAUUCAGUUGGCCGCAAGGAAAGUGGCUUCGGUGUCUGGAGAUGCGAGAAGGGCGUUGGACAUUUGUCGAAGAGCCGCCGAAAUCGCGGAGGCCGACAACAAUGCGGAGUUGGUGUCGAUGGGACACGUGAAUGAAGCACUGAACUCAAUGAUAACGCAACCGAAAGUGCGAGCAAUCAAAGUCAGCUCGAGAUUGGAGCAAUUAAUUCUGCAAUCCGUGGUGGCAGAGGUCGAGAGAACCGGCGUCGACGAAACCACUUUCGCCGAUGUUUACACCAUGUUCCUAUCCGUCGCUGGCAUUGAUGGAUUCCGCAAGGUUUCGAUAACGAUAGCUCUAGCAGCGGUCGCUCGUUUGGGCGCGUGCAGGUUGCUUUUGACGGAACAGAAAUCAGUUGAUCUGAACCAAAAACUUAUUUUGAAUGUUAGCUCGGACGAUAUUUAUUACGCGUUAAGGAAAGACUGAUAUGCAGUAUUUUAUGUGU